GGUCAUAACAUCUGGAUGUUGCAGAUGUUGCGCUUUUGUGCCCUACGUUUCCGCAAUCCGCACUGUCAUCGUUUCCGUUUCAAUACCAAGAGGCAUCACGCAAUUGUACUUGCAUAGCGUUUUUCACUUUAUUAUCACUUCCAGCUCACUGGUCUGAACGGGAAAUAACAUCGAAAUAAAACAUAUUCUCCGCGAUGGGGGAUAUUGAGGCCCCCGAAACGACGCAACCGCGCCAGAAUGCAAUGCUCUCUAUUCUCCCGACAAAAGAGUUCGCCUGUUCGCGAAAAGGACAGCUUCUUAUAUCAGAAGUGGUUCUGUCGUUUGUUUGUUUCGUGUGUUUUGUGUCGUCCACGGCAGCAUCCUUUGUCUCGGCUCCACUCAUUGAGUUCCUGGCUGCCCUCUUCAUCCUCUUUGCCUACUCCACCAAGAUUAACCAGAAGUUCAAGGGCUUCCAUUGGCCGCUCACGGAUUUCCUCCGCUGUGUUAGUGCAUCCAUUAUCUUCUUCAUCAUAUCCAUAAUCUCAGUGUCUAAGUACACAGAUGGAGCCUCAAAAGCUGCUGGGGUCUUUGGCUUCAUAGCCACCAUUGUUUUUGCUUUAGAUUUCUACUUCAUUUUCAAUGAACUGGCAGACUUCCUGAAACAGGGAGGAGGAGGCUCUGAUGAGCCAUCCAGACCACCUGAUAACUCAGAUGAUGACUCAGAUGAUGAUUCUGACUGAGGAGCCCCACCCCCCAGGGACUGUUCUGACCCUUCAACAAGGCCAACAGGAAAUGCGCCUAUCCUCCAACCCCCACCACCCGCCCCAUUUUUGCUUCCUUCCUCCCUCAACCAAACAUGUUUAACCUUGCUCCAGAAGAUCUCCCAGUCCUACAGGUCCAGGGUCUAGUGGAGCCAUGAAAUGUGGCACAUGCUUAGGAUAACAAUCUAUCACUAGGAAAAAUUUCCUUUCAACUGCUCUACUAAUAUGACGCUGGGGAAUCCCCUCUUCGCUUCCUUUAUUUUGGUUUUGUGCUCAAUAUAGUGGUGUGAAGGGGUCACAGACGCAAUGAGAAUGAUAUUCUAGAUAUUCUUGAAGCUCAACUUGUUUGACUGUUUCCUAGAAGUUAUUUUUCUACAAAUCUCACAAUGCCCCCUCCCUUAGCAAUAUUGUAACCCCCCCACACACACACACAUCACCAUCAGCCUUUUUAACGUUGUCCUCCUCCCCUAGAAACUCACCUCCUAUUUUAAGUUGUGGCAACUUUCCUUUUUAUUUUGCAUCUCUUUUUGGCCGUACUUGUUGUCACAGUUGUUUUGUUUGUUUGAGCUGCACUAGAAUCCUCUCAUUUGUGAUUGUGUGUGUGAAAUGUACACUGUGUAUAUGUGGUGUUUGACUGCAUUUGUAAAUGGUACACCAAUCACGUUGCCUCUGAAGACAUGACCGGUUUGUUCACAACAAGGCCAGCCGUGUAGAUCCAGGGAGAGAGGAUCCUCCUGACUCUGCUUCUGGGAUAAAUAUAUUUCUGUUAUUGUUUCCAAAAAAAAUCAAACAUGUUCAAGCUGAGUGUCUAAUCAUUUUAAUGUAAGACAAGGAGUGUCACAAAUAGACUAGUGUUGUUUAAUCUGUAGCGAAUGUUUUAAAUACAAAAAAUACAGAUUUACAAAGGACGGCUGAUUCCUCCAGUUCCGGGGACACCUGACUAUCAUUUACCAAGCACCUCACAAAGUAAAGAGGAAAUUUGAAAAAGAGAAUACAAGCAAAAAACUUCACUUCAAAAGUCCACUUUUACUAAACCAUAUUAGGCAUGUGGAAGGAGCACUUGGGCCACCUAUGUAAAGGGACUGCAAGCCUGACAGUAAAGGUCAAUUCAAGGUUAUACAUAAAGCCUUUUAAUUGGUUCCAACAGAAGGCUCUGGUCACACUCAAACUUGCUAACAGCGCAUCAUCAGCUUCUAGUAGCUUCCAUCCAUGCAGUGCUGAAGGCAUCCAAUCAGAUGUCACCUUAAUCUGUGUUGUAUGACAUCAUAGCCAACUAGCGAGAGAUAACUUUCCUACGGCUAGUGCCCUCUAAAUUGGAGUUAGUAUGAUGCAGUACAUAACACGACUGUGGUACAAAGUAUUGAUAGAUAUAUGGGAUGGCAUUCCUGACGGAGAAGCCCAGGCAUUUCAUACCAAUUCAGUUCUUCAUUACAAUGAAAUAUAAAUAGAAACAUUUGAUUGUCUAUUCAUCCUCCUCUAUUCUUGUCUAUCCAUCAAUUAUUAUUAACAGUUAUCACGGUCAGUUCAGUUCAUAAAAAUCAAACAUUUCAGAUUUGUUACAUCCCAUCCCAAAAAGUCAUUCUUGGUCCACUUUGUCCUCCGAUAGGGAAUGGAGUUGGUUACAUUGCUUGAGUUGGAGCAGUGCCACACAUGAACAGGGGGGGGAGCUCUUCAGUGUUGCUCCUGUAGUAACAGAGCCAGACAAAGCCAGGGCCUGUAUGUGUCCAAUAGCUCAGUGUUCUGUACAAGGCUCCCCAGGGUAAGAGUUGUUAUCUAGGAUUAGUCGUAACUUCUGAAUAGGUUCAUUACCAAUAUAUCAGGGAUUGGAUCUGAUUCUAGAUCAGUAUGAGACUACUGGUAUUAUAACUGUUCCUUACUAUAAGCAGCAAGGACUUGUGCAAGACACUACACACAAUGGAAUGACAGUAAAAAAAGAAAA